AUGUGUGCUGACCUGACCAGGGUCAUCGAGGCUGGUGACAUCCAGGCGGCCUCCAUCUACGCUGCCGCCCUAGCUCAUCAGCAGGGAGGGCUGAAGAUACAGCCCUCUGAGAGGAGCUACGCAGACACAGAGGUUAGCUUGGCUGUAGUGGUCGAGGAUUCUUCAUCUUCCUGUUGUGUCACGGUGAAAGUCCUCCCCCACACAACCAUUGCAAUACUCAAGCAGCAGAUAUUCCUGGAGUAUGGCUUCCAUCCGCGGGUGCAGCGCUGGGUCAUCGGCCACUGUCUGUGUGCCGAGCAGCGCUCUCUGGCAUCAUAUGGGGUGCGCAGGGAUGGAGACACGGCCUUCCUGUACCUCCUCUCCGCCCGCCUCACAUGGCAGCUGCUCCAGCAGGACCAGGAGAGUACCCUCCUCACCCGCGCUCCCCCACCUCACAUGGCAGCUGCUCCAGCAGGACCAGGAGAGUACCCUCCUCACCCGCGCUCCCCCACCUCACGGGCCCCCCAGCAACUGCCCCACAUCCCAGGACUGGAGGGGUUACAGCACCCUGCCACUCAGACUGAGCCACAGCAGCAAGGGUGAGACUGCUAAACACAAACAAGCAUACACCACUGACAUAAGGACCCAUUGUUGGCACCCUCCUGUCCAAGCGUUGUUCCUGUCCCUGUAGGUUCAAAUGGAACAGGGCCAAAUGGAGCAGGGGCAGAGAGGCUGAACAUCAGUGAAAUCAAAGACCUCAUCAACCUGGAGAUGCCACAACUCAAUGAUGCACUUAGUCCCAAGAAAAUAAA